AUGAAAUACGUUCUGGUCUCGGGUGGUGUCAUCUCCGGUGUUGGCAAGGGCAUUAUUGCCUCGAGCACUGGAUUGCUCCUCAAAUCCGCCGGUCUCACGGUUACUAGCAUCAAGUGUGAUCCUUAUAUCAAUAUCGAUGCUGGUACUAUGUCGCCAAUCGAGCACGGAGAGGUUUAUGUGACGGAUGACGGUGGUGAGAUGGAUCUGGAUCUCGGCAACUACGAGCGCUACCUUUUGACCACGCUCACUCGUGAUCACAACAUUACUACUGGCAAGAUCUACCAACAAGUGAUCGAGCGCGAGCGUGUCGGCCGCUAUCUUGGCAAGACCGUUCAGGUCGUCCCCCACAUCACCAACGCCAUCCAGGACUGGAUCGAGCGCGUUGCCAAGAUCCCGGUCGACGAGUCCGGCCGGGAGCCUGAUGUCUGCAUUAUCGAGCUGGGUGGUACCGUUGGUGACAUUGAGAGUGCGCCCUUCAUUCACGCCAUCAGCCAACUCCAACGUCGGGCUGGCAAGGGCAACUUUGCUCAGAUCCACGUGUCUUACGUGCCUGUCAUCCAUGAUGAGCAGAAGACCAAGCCCACUCAGAGGGCAAUUAGCGAUGUUCGUAGCGCGGGCCUGAAUCCGGACCUGAUCGCCUGUCGCUGCGAGCUGCCGCUGGAGGACGGCACCGUCCAGAAGAUCGCCAACAUGUGCUCUAUGGAUACCAAGCAGGUUAUUGCCGUGCACAACGUCUCGACCACCUACCACGUGCCUCUGCUUCUUGAGAAACAGAAGCUUAUCGGCACUUUGGGAGAGCUGCUUGAUCUCCCUUCAAUUCAGCGCGAUCCCGCGAUCGUCGAGCAGGGCAAGUUGAUGUGGAAGGACUGGGUUGACCUUGCCCGUGGCCAGGACUACCCCCACGACACCGUGUCCAUCGCCCUUGUGGGUAAAUAUACCGCGCUCAAGGACGCUUACAUCAGUGUGUCCAAGUCUUUGGAACAUGCCGCUAUGUACUGUCAUAAGAAGCUCGAGUUGAUCUGGGUUGAUGCAGGCCAUCUGGAAGACGAGGCCAUUGAGACCAACCCGGCCGAGUUCCACAAGGCUUGGCACGCAGUUUGCACUGCCGAUGGUCUGCUGGUGCCCGGUGGAUUCGGUACUCGUAACACCGCCGGCAUGAUCAAGGCGAUUACCUGGGCGCGUACCAAGAAGCGCCCCUUCCUGGGUGUCUGCCUUGGCAUGCAACUUGCUGUCAUUGAGUUUGCUCGCAAUGUGAUGAACAUUGAAGACUGCGGAAGUGAGGAGCUUCACCCGGAGGCUAAGAACCACGCCAUCAUCUACAUGCCUGAGGUGGAUAAGGAUAAGAUGGGUGGUACCAUGCGUCUUGGAAAGCACGCCUCGAUCUUCCAAGAAGGCACCGAGUGGUCCCGCCUCCGCGCCCUGUACGGCUCUGAUGUGUCUCAGAUCUCAGAACGUCACCGUCACCGUUACGAAGUCAACCCUGAUAUGGUCGAGACCAUCGAGAAGUCUGGUUUGACCUUUGUCGGCAAGGACGACAAGGGUGAGCGUAUGGAGGUUGUUGAGAUUCGCGAUCACCCCUGGUUCGUGGGUGUGCAAUUCCACCCCGAAUAUCUCAGCCGAGUCCUGGCUCCCAGCCGGGCCUUCCUGGGCUUCUUCGCUGCUGCCGCUGGCUGCUUGGAUGAGGUGACUGAGUCUAUUAACAAGGGUCUGCGGAGUAUCCCGAACAAGCAGCAAUAG